AUGAUGACACUGCCACAUGAGGCGCUUUCGUCCUGCACUUCCUCGACCCUUCACCCUUCUGGAGACGUUGCCUACCCGUCGCCAGCAGAUACAAGCUCGAGUAUCGGGUCUCUCACUACCCUAAGCUUCUCGCAGCCCUCCUUUUCAUCACCUCUCUCCUUUAUACGACAAUCAGCUAUGAUGUCCCAUCCGUUCAUGCGUCCUUCUUUAGUGCAUCCGCGUCACACGGGGAGCCGUGGGGAGAGAAAGUCCGUCUCAAACGGAUCGGGUAGUGAUUUUCCCUUUGACACCGAUGACGACCGUCAGGCAGAAGGACUGUCUCCGCGGCAUCGAUAUCCAUUCGCACAUUCAGAUGUUGUCGAUUUAGAUUCUUCUAGUGCACUACGAAUCGAGACGGCCAUGAAAUCUCCCGGCUCUAGUCCUAAAGUUACUUAUUUCACCAAGAUAAUGAAUGGCCCCAUUGCCUCUGAAGACUACAUGUACACCUUGCGACGCGAUCCUGAAGCCAUCUGUCAGCGUGAUCUAGACGAGACUAUCGAGCGUUCAUCCUCGGAACGAAAAUGGCAUGCCUACUUGACUAGUGUGACCGAUAAUUACGGCCUCGAUCAUGGCCGUCCUGAUUUGGAUUUGAACCAAAUGGAUGAUCAUUCGGCUAUCGACAUCAAUUACGCUUUGGACUUGAUUAAUCCAGAGCGCCAGACCCGCACUACGUUCGAAUCAGACUCUACGGACCGAGGACUGUCGAAUAGUGUUGGACAUGGGUACUAUGCAUCCCCUGUUCCCAUCAACAUUCCUCGGUACCUGUCACCAUUGCCUUCGACCUUGGUGGAAACGCCCAUCAACCUGAUGUACUUUCACCAUUUUCUCAACCACACAGCCAAAAUGUUGGUUGCACAUGAUUGUAGAGACAACCCGUUCAUCACGGUUUUACCGUCAAUGGCAAUUGGGGAUUCAAAUAUCUUGAACCUGAUGCUAGCCUAUUCCGCCAGCCACCGAGCCAGGUACUUGAACCACCCUGAACCUGCCAACAGGAUAGCACACUGGGUCAGCAACGUCUUUCCUACCCUGCGUAUAGCGCUCGAAGACCCGAAUCAGAACAUCACGGACAAUCAUCUUGCUGCCGCCAUUAUGCUCUUAUCUUUGAAGAUCAUUUCGCCAAGCACAUUCGAAGUACCAAUUCCGUGGCAAAGCCACCUGAAGCUCGCUCGUGACCUUUAUCUUGCACGCGGAGUGCAGAUGGCAUAUCCUGGGAAUCCAGUUGGGUCUUUUCUUUCACGCUGGCUGGGAUAUAUUGAUAUCCUGGGAUCUCUCUCCUGCCGGGACAACGAGCCUCCUCUGUUUCUGUAUCAGUCCAUUGUUAGUGCAUGCUCGACAACUCCGGGAAAUGACGAUUUCUUUAUCGACUGCUUCACCGGAUACACGACAAAGACUGCAUUGUUGCUAUCACGCUUGGCCAAACUAGUUCACCAGUGCGAGAAAACCCGCCAUAGUCCUCUGAGCAGUUUUGAUCCUGACCAGAGGCCCUCGCCGGAUAUCGUUGUCGAAGCCGAAUCAUUGCUUGCUGAUUUCCAGCUAGCCGAUAAUCUGGCACAGAUCAACAGCCGACACCACCAAGAACCUGUGUCUGCGGACAUGUCGGCGAUCGAUCGAUCAUUCCGAUACGCUGGGCUGGUCCACCUUCACCGUCGCGUGCUCUGCAAUCCAUCAAGAUCCGCUCCUGCCUUGAAGGCUUUGGACGGGUUACUCGAAGCACUGGGACAACUUGAACCUGGUGCAUCGGCCGAAGUCGGAGCAUUGUUUCCACUUUUUACCGCCGGUUGUGAAACCCGAGAUUUGCAACAACGGGCUGAUAUAAUGGAGCGAGUCAAGAGCUUGGAGAAGACAGGCCUGAAGCAGAUCCAAAAUGCUCGUACGCUCAUGCAACGUUGCUGGGAUGAAGACUUGCCGUGGAGUUCUCUGGCGCAAGGGGAGUUCUUGGGGUAG